AUGCUGAAAAGGCCUGGAGAGUAUGAGCCUCCAUUAGGAAAAAUAUGGACAAGGUGAGAGAUACUUUCUAAGCCAUUCUUUGAAUGAACAAGAACAUAUUUACAGAUCAGAAGCGAGGAUGUGGACCAUGACCAUGUUCAGCGGAACAUGCGUUCUUUAUGCCGCCCGUGCUAGUCUUCCGAUUUGUGCUGCCGCUGUUGCGAAAGAGUUCGCUUGGAACAAAACCGAUUCGGUGAGAGAGCUCAAUAAACGUUUUGCAUGUUCUCAGACUAAAGUUUCCAGGGGACCGUUCUUUCGUGCUUCUUCUGGGGUUACGCCCUCACCCAAAUAUUUGCCGGGCGAAUAGCAGACAAGUAUGGAGCUGAAAAUGUGAGUUGUCUUCACUUAUUUAUCUCAUUCUGAUGUAUGAUCUCUUCAGAUUCUUCCCUAUUCAAGUCUCGCGUGGACUAUGAUCACAUUCUUCACUCCACACCUUUUCGACUUUGCCUAUUGGACCAACUACCCGCUCUUCGUCCUUCUCACCAUCCGAAUUCUGACCGGAGUCUGCCAGGCAUUCCACAUUCCCUCACUCGCCUCGGUUGUUUCUAAACACUUGGCAGCGGCCGAUAAAGGACGUGUAUUCGGGAUUGUUUUGGCCGGCUCUCACUGGGGAACCGUGCUUGCUGGUGGGAUCGGAAGCAUUCUCCUUGAUUGGAUUGGAUGGAGGUCACUCUUUCAGUUCGUUGGAAUCCUUUCUCUAAUCUGGUGCUGGGCAUUCCGGUGGGUUCUCGAUAGAGCGAAGAACAGUGGAGGAGGAAGGAGCUCCCCGCAGCCAGAUGAGGAAGUUUUGCUGGAAAAGAAGCAUGUAAGUUUCCGAAGUAUCGUUCUUUGUAAUAGUUUUUGUCGCAGGACACAGUAGAAUCGCAUCUGACGACUGCUCCGAGUGCGUCCGUCCCGUGGGGAACUCUGUUCCGACAUCCAGCGUUCUGGGCAGCAGCCGUUGCUCAGUACACGGGCGGCAACUCGUACUCGAUUCUUUUCAAUUGGCUGCCUUCGUAUUUCCACGAGACGUUCCCCACUGCCAAAGGAGUCGUCUACAACGUUGUUCCGUCCCUCGCCAUUGUGAUCACUUCGCUCGUGGCUCCUGUAAUGGCAUCGAGAGCUCUCGCCGUAGGACGCACGGUUACAUACACACGUAAAAUGAUGGAAGGAGCCAGUCUUCUCGGAAUCGCCUUCUGUCUGAUGCUCGUUCCAAUGACGUCAUCCUUCUGGUUGUCUUUGCUCAUUUUCACAAUGGCUAUGGCGGCUCGAGGACUUCAUCACGGCGGCGUCUCCGUAAAUCCACACGACUUUGCUCCAAACCAUGCCGGAUCAGUCUUCGGUACGUUCAAUUUUAAUCUUCCGGCAAAACAGUGUUCUGUUUACAGGUGUGUUCAACGCGUGUGGAGCCAUCACUGGAUUCGUGGGCGUUUACAUCGCCGGUCACAUUCUGGAGGCGACCAACAACAACUGGUCGUACGUUUUCAUCGUCACUGCUGCGCAAUGUGUCCUCGGAGCCAUGGUCUACACUCUUCUGGGCACUGGACAGAAGAUAAUCUGA